CAGGCAACGCAAGGCGGGGGAGUCUGAAUGGUGAGGGAGAGCCCUGCUCCUUCUUAAGCGCCGGUGAGUCAAGCCAGGGCUGGAACACCGCCUGCCCGCCGCUGUCCUUCAGAGCCAGGAGAGCAGCGGGAGCUGUACCUGCACCCACACCUCCACCGCCCAUGGCCGACCAGCUGACCGAGGAGCAGCUGGCCGAGUUUCGAGAGGCCUUCUCCCUGUUCGACAAGGACGGGGACGGCACCAUCACCACCCAGGAGCUGGGCACCGUCAUGCGGGCCCUGGGCCAGAACCCCACGCAGGCCGAGCUCGAGGGCAUGGUGAGCGAGAUUGACCGUGAUGGCAACGGCACCGUGGACUUCCCCGAGUUCCUGGGCAUGAUGGCCAGGCGCAUGAAGGACAGGGACAGCGAGGAGGAGAUCCGCGAGGCCUUCCGCGUGUUCGACAAGGACGGCAACGGCCUGGUCAGUGCGGCCGAGCUGCGGCACGUAAUGACCAGGCUCGGGGAGAAGCUGAGCGACCAGGAGGUGGACGAGAUGAUCCAGGCAGCCGAUGUGGAUGGGGACGGGCAGGUCAACUACGAGGAGUUCGUCCGCAUGCUGGUCUCCAAGUGAGGAGCCGGCAGGUGCCGCAGCCCCGGGCUGUCCCCACUCUGCUCUGCGGGGGACCUGCCUGCUUCUGGCUGCAGCAGGAGCCUCAGGCGCUACAUCGCUCCCUCCACCCACCAGCAUCCCGGCCCUGCUUCUUCCCUGCGAGGUGAGGUCAGGCCCGCUUUCUGCCUCUCACUUUGUCUCCUAUUUCCUGCCAACCGCCUCCCACCCUCUUCCCACCCAGAAGGACACAGGCCGCUGGCUGGCAAGCCCAGGGCAGCCUGAGUGCCCGGUCCCUCGGGAGCAGAAGGAAAAUGACAUCUCUCUCCAGGACAGUGAGCAGAAGGAUGAGGGAAAGCGGCUCUGACUGCGCCAUGCGGGGGAGGGUGCGAUAUGACAUCACAGAGUCCUCCGCCUGGCCCCCUGAAAGGCACUUGGCACUGGGACCGGGGCUGCAGCCCUCACACUUCAUCUGCUGCUGGAUCUGGGCAGGUGAAAGGAACCCUGCCCUGGAGCGAGGUGGAGGUGGCCACAGGGACUCUGCCAACAGAGACCAGGCUUCCUGGGAACAGCACUCGCUUCCCCAGGGCGCCUGCCCCUUCCUCUCUGUCUUCCCCAAACCCCCGUGACUCAUCUUUUGAAGGUGGGAGUGAAACCAGGGUCUGUUGUAACAUGUCUGUAUUCAUCUUCUUGGAGGGAAAUUGGAAUGAAAGGGAGAAGGAAGCCAUAGGGGGACUAAAUAAAACGCCUGUGUUCCUGUGGU